UUUUCAUAUCAAGGGAAUUAAUGCGACAAAAUAACGUAGGUGUUGUUUACAAACAAUCGGUUUUUACUAUAUACACUGCCAGCUUUGUAAAACUUUAAAACAGCGUCAUUUGAUGUCAAGCACAUUAUCUGAACUUAUAUGACUAAAUGGAAGUCGUAAGACUCGAGCACGAUGAUAAACUUGGACACGUGACAGAAUGUACGUGACAGCUAGGUGAUUCACCACUCAGCAACGCGUGACCUCGUGAUGUCGUGACAGAAUUGUAAGAAAUCCAGACUGAAGUUUGAAUCUGUACAUUACAAUAGUAACUCAGCAUGCGCCGAAAGUACACAGAGAAUAUAAAGGAAAUUCCAGGCUUCAAGUACAUCCUGAGAGCAGUCAUAAAGUCCCAGAUUGGUUUGCUGACCGACCUUCUUCAAGAGCACGUGCAGGAUGAAUGCUGCCUGUUGAUUGCGAGCCCUGCAGAAGGGUCACAUGAGGAGAUUGGCACCAGCUCUGGGCAGCAGUUUGUAGAAGACAACAAUGUCAGCAUGAAAUUCCUGGAGUUUUGUCUGAACAGACAACGCUCAACACCAUCUCAAGAUAUUGACACUUCAACUAGUUCCUACCAGAAGAAAGAUACAAAGAAGCAUAAACAGUCAUCACCUGACCUGUAUCCUGAUUUCUGUCCCUCCCCAUCACAUCUCCCUGGUAACAAGAGUCACCAAAGGUCAACCGGGGUCAGAUCAAACCCCUAUUCUAGAGGCCAUAGAGGAAUUGUCAGAUCGAUCUUGUCAAGCACCGUGUACUCAGGCCAUCUAGCCCAUUCCAAAGACAGCAAACAUGCAAAUAGCAAUCUAGAGGACCAACAGGUAGAUUAUGAAACAUCUGUAAGGAUAAAAACUGAGCCAAUAGAUAUUGAAGGUUGUCACAACAAUCCAGUUGUUAUGGAAACAACAAACAUUCCUGGAAAGUUUCAUUGUAAAAGAAGAAAGCCAUUUCAAACCACAAGCAGGUUGAGAACAAGCAUGGUGGCAUGCUUUGCGGAUACAGACCUGUCUCUACCAUCUAAAUUGCCUUGCUCAACAAAUACUAGUCAUGGGUCAAGAAAUCUCAGGAUGGAUCCACAUCCAGCAAAAGAUGGUCAGGCAGUGGCAUUGUUGAAUGACCAAGCCAUGGCUAACUCUUCCAAGUUUACUGAACAUUCCAGGUCGGCUGAAGCUGUCAGUGCGAGGCAAGAAAUGUCUGGUAUCAAACAUGCUUGUGAUUCUGCCUUUACAAGUAUGCAGUCUGUGACAGUUGAACCUGACUUGCCCGGUGAUUUUCAUAGCAGCAAAAACCCAGAUUUCUCAUCAGGGAAUCACGAAACUUCCAACAACAAAACAACUUGCCAGUUGCAAGAGAAGGAUUUAACAGUCGAUCUAACAGUUGGGUCCCCAAGCACCAGUCCUGAUGUAUCCUGUGUGAAGACUGAGCCCGGGAUUUCUGGGCUCGGCUGCAGUUCACCUCCAACUCCAUGUUUUGAUGCUGCAUUCCUUGAUAGCCCAGGUCAAAGAGUGUCUAGUGAUAGCAGAUUGUUCGGCGUCGGUGAUGAGCCUGUACGGGUGCACCAGUGUGAGUUCUGCUCCAAACCCUUCCCGUCCAAGUGGGAACUCUCCAGACACAGACGGACCCAUACAGGUGAGAAGCCCUAUACCUGCCACGUGUGCCAGAAACCAUUCUCAGACAAGAGCAACAUGAUACAGCAUCUCAAGGGCGUCCACUUGAAGGUCAAAUACAGGCCUGAUAGGCCCUUUGUACGCAAUGCCAGCUGGGGUCAGCAGAUACCUGUGUUUGACGAUAACGGUGAUGUCGUGCUGGAGAAUAUGGAGGACCAGAAUUCCAAUGAUGAGGAUUUAGACGCACACAAAGCGCUUUUAGAUUUGUCGGUUUCCAUGGCAACUGCUGACGUGAAACCCCACGGACUUGUGGGUUCGAGUGGGAAGAGGUACGGGGCGUCCAAGAGGAAGUGUAAGAAGGGACUGUUUGUAGCAAAUGCUGAGGAACGUGAAGUUAAUAAUUCGGUGGACAAUUAUGGUACCUAGCAUAAUCGUAGUGUCAGGGCUCCUAAUGGUUCAGAUUUUCGUUUGUCGCCAUAACUUACUACAUUUUUUAUUAAGACUUUUCUCCUUUUAUUGAUUUAAUGUGUUUAAUUGAUGAACAUUUUGUAGCUCAAUACAUUGCAUUGUUUUAGCAAAUUGUCCCCUAAUACCAAAUGGAUAAAGUUUCAAAUGGCAGAAUGAAUCUAGAGAUUAAUAUUAAAUAGGGUUUUGGAAUUGUUUUCAUAUUUUUACAAAUAUUUAGCAUGCUUUAUGAUUUUAUAUCUUAGUGUUAUGUUUUCAAACAGCUGCUGAGUGUUAAGUUAUUUGAAUCUGAUCUGCUUUGUUUGUGAUAUUAUUUGAGUGAUGUUUUGCCAAGAAUGAUAUUUGCUGUUAGUUGUUUUGCCAGGGUUUGUCUCAAAUACAGCUCUAUAUGUUUUUUCUUUCGUUUCAUCUUGGAGAAAAUGCCAAAUUAAAAUAAUAUUGUGGUUCCUUUAAACUGUUGAUACAGAUAGGAGCUUGAAACAUACUUUUAAUGUAAUGCAAACAACUUUUUCCUUACUCAUUUGACUUUUUUAGCUUAUUUUUUUAACUUACAUGUAUGCUCAAUGUAGUUUAGGUACGGAUAUUUCAUCUAAAUUCAAAAAUAACUUUUUGUUGACACUUGUAAUUUACAAUCAAAUGUUGACCUGUGUCUGUAUUCAUCGAAUCUUUAACGGAUGUCCUCAGAAUACAGAGGAAAUUCUCACAACUUCUGUUCAUUUUAAACUUACAUGCUAUUCAUCCAUUCAGGUGACACAAUUAUUUUUUUUAUUUCUGCACAAUCAGUCCUUAUUUAUUGUGUCUAUUAAAUAUUCCUGUGUCCUGGGUGGGGAACAGGCCCAGUUUUCUGAGUUUUUUGAGCUUCAGUAAGAGGGGUACAUAUUUGCACCAAGUCUGAGUUAAUAUUUAAUAAUUUUAAGGAAUGCUUUAAAAAUGUAAGUUACUGAUAUCAUGUAUUAAAAAGUGUGUUUACCUAAAUCCAAACUCUUUGAUGAAUGAAUUCAGGGGGUUACAGUACCCUUCAAGAGUUCUUGGCCAUAUCUUGUCAAGUUCGCAUGGCAUUAAAGUUACGAUUGCAUUUUUAAUAAUAGAUAUUGAUACUAUUCUCUUAUCUUGAUUUAAAAUUGUGCAAUAAUGUUAAUGUAUUGUACAAUCAAUGAUUGUUAAAAAAAAUGGCAUCCAGAAAUUUCAGAUAGGCUAGAAAUAAUGGAGUUAUAUGCUAAAUAAUGGAGUUUGUGUCUGCACUGGAAGCUUAAUACUAAAUGCCUUUAUACUUUGUACAUUCCAAACUAUAUAUUUGUGAUAAGGAAAAAGAAGGCAUUUUGUACGAUUGUAUUAUUUGUCUACUAUUACUAUUUCACUUGAAACCAAGCAUGUUGCCCAUUAACAGAAUUUACAAACAUAUCUUGAUGUGUCUGGUAACACUAAUUGACAUUUAGAUUAUCUGGUUCCUAUCCCAUAUAUAUACAAAUAAGAUUGUAUGCAAUAAGAAAUUAAAAGUAUUUUAUCAAUACAGUAAACUGAUUGUGUAUGCAUUCAGAAUGAAGUUAUGCAAUUUGUGUAAAUGUCAGUAACUUCAUGCGAUUACCAUGUGACAUGUUAAUAUCAUACUUUAAUUAAAACUGUUUUGAGCCUGCAUGCUUUGUUUGGUAACUGUUUAGUUAAAUUCAUGAGACAUGGCAGGAUCACAAAAAAACAAAGUGUUAACAUUCGAGUCAUCAAUUAAUGUAUUGAUGGUUUUUAUGUCCCCCACUAUAGUAGUGGGGGACAUAUUGUUUUUGCCCUGUCUGUCUGUCUGUCUGUUGGUCUGUUGGUCUGUCUGUUGGUCUGUUGGUCUGUUUGCGCCAACUUUAACAUUUUGCAAUAACUUUUGCUAUAUUGAAGAUAGCAACUUCAUAUUUGGCAUGCAUGUGUAUCUUAUGAAGCUGCACAUUUUGAGUGGUGAAAGGUCAAGGUCAAGGUCAUCCUUCAAGGUCAGAGGUCAAAUAUAUGUGGCCAAAAUCGCUCAUUUUAUGAUUACUUUUGCAAUAUUGAAGAUAGCAACUUGAUAUUUGGCAUGCAUGUGUAUCUUAUGGAGCUGCAUAUUUUGAGUGUUGAAAGGUCAAGGUCAUCCUUCAAGGUCAGAGGUCAAAUAUAUGUGGCCAAAAUCGCUUAUUUUAUGAAUACUUUUGCAAUAUUGAAGAUAGCAACUUGAUAUUUGGCAUGCAUGUGUAUCUCAUGGAGCUGCACAUUUUGAGUGGUGAAAGGUCAAGGUCAUCCUUCAAGGUCAGAGGUCAAAUAUAUGUGGCCCAAAUCGCUUAUUUUAUGAAUACUUUUGCAAUAUUGAAGAUAGCAACUUGAUAUUUGGCAUGCAUGUGUAUAUUAUGGAGCUGCAAGCAACUUGAUAUUUGGCAUGCAUGUGUAUAUUAUGGAGCUGCACAUUUUGAGUGGUGAACGGUCAAGGUCAUCCUUCACAAGGUCAAGGUCAUCCUUCACAAGGUCAAGGUCAUAUAUAGGGGGACAUUGUGUUUCACAAACACAUCUUGUUUGUAUUGUAUUAUUUAAUUUAGGGCUUUCAAAGAAGAAAUAGGAUGAGUUUUCUCAUGAAGUACAGAAAGUGUCAUUUUGUAUAUUACAUCUGAAAGUAUCAUAUUUUAAAUUACAACCAAGAUUUCUAAGUCAAGUUCGAAAAUAUGUACUUUUCUUUUUAUAUGAUAGUAUUAUGACAUUUGUGUCUAAAUGGAGUGAGUAUUGUGCUAACUUUUGCAUUUUGUUUGUUAAAUUAAGAUUUAUUGGAAUGUCCUAUUUUCUUGUUUCAAGAAAGGUUUUAAAGAUAUGAAAGUCAUGAAAUCAAGGAUUUUAGUGUAGUUAUUCCCAUUUUGUAACUAAACAGAUCUUGCUUUAAUUUCUCAAAGUCUACAAGAAUAAUAAACAUACAUAUUGAAGUUCAGAGUACUAUAAGAUAGGAAAAAGUCCGGCUUCCAGUACCUGACAACAAUGCUCAUGUUAUUGUUGAUUAUCUUGGUAAGUUAAUAAUACAUGCUGUAGCAACAUGUUGUGAGAUAUUGUGAGGAAAAAUUAAGUAAAUUACAAAUGUAAUAUUUCUUUCUCUAAGUUUGCCUGUGUAAAUACAUGUAAUGUGUUUAAGAGAGGCAUUCACAGAUUUUCAAGUUUAAAAAAGCUUUGUUUUUCAAGCAAAAAGCAACAAUAUUUGGAAUAGUCUAAAAUAAUUAAAAACAAGGAAAAGAAGUUUACUGAAAAAUGCCUUUAAAAGGUCCUUUGGGAGUAAAAUUGAACGCAAUAUCCAGAAGGCCAUGCAUACAAGAAAACUGUGAUGUUUUUAAAAAAAAUUUGUUCAUGGGUCCUGUUCACAGUUUGAUAAAUUGUCAACAUUGAUUUUUUUUUUCAGAUUUGCAAAUUUGUGUUGUAGUUAUGUUUUUGCAAGAAAAUAAUAAUACUGAUCAUCAAUAAUGCUAUAAAAUAUCAAUCUACGCAUCUUUUGACAAUGUAGUUAUAUUUUGUGACAUUGCAAGGAUUGCUUAUAUAAUGUAUAGAAGCAAUUGUAGACUAUAGAAGCAUGGAUGGCUGAGUCGUUUAAGCGCUAGACUUUUACUCCAAGGGUCAGUGGUUCGAGCCCAAGAGUGAAUUACUUUUUUUUCUUUCUUUAUUUUAUUCUUGUUUUAUACUGGAGCUCAUUAGUUAAAAUGUUUACGAUAAUCAAUGUAAAGCAUUUGAUGACAAACUUGCAAACAUGCCAAAAUCUGUGAUCAAGUCCCUGUAAAAAAUUAAUUUAACUCAAAAGAUUAACAAACGCUUAAUGAAUUUGUCAAUUUGGACUGGUUAUAUCCUUGAGGGAAAAUACAUUUAGUAUAUUACCUAUAGUCAUCUAUGUUUUUGUUCCUAUGCAAUUUAUACUUAAAAACACUCAAGAUCAGACUGCUUAGGCAAUUCUGCUAAAUCUUGGCAGAUCCAGUAGCGGCACAUAACAAAGCUUUCUCUGGUUUUGGAUAUCUUACGCUGACGGAAUAUUUUGUUACUACUUUAAUGCAUUCAGGAUGUUAUUAAAGGAAAUAUUUCAUUAUUGCUCUUAACCUUUCAUGAUUGUGUAAUACGAAAUACAAAUAAUUAGUUAAUGUUUCUAAAUAGCUGAAUGUUAUAUAAAACAAAGUAAUUGCUUAUUAUUGGUAAAUCAAAUUUCUUUUUUAAUUGUUCCUGUUUUUUGUUGGUAUUUCUGUUAUGUUAUAAGUAUAUUAAAUACAGUAAACAUGUCUUUUUCUAUACAUUUGAUUUUUGAUUUAUUGAACGAUAUUGUAUUUUGUUGAUAAGUGACAUUUAUUUUGUGAUGCAGACAAAAAAUAAACGGUUCUAAAUUAUGUACUUUAUGUCCAGUUUAUACUGGGGGACAUAUUGUUUUUGCCCUGUCUGUUUGUUUGUUGGUUUCUUGCGUCAAACUUAAACAUUGGCAAUAACUUUUGCAAUAUUAAAGUUAGCAACUUGAUAUUUGGCAUGCACGUGUAUCUUAUGAGGCUGCAUAUUUUGAGUGGUGAAAGGUCAAGGUAAUCCUUCAAGGUCAAAGGUUAAAUGUACGGAGGGGAGACAUAGCGUUUCACAAACACAUAUUGUUUUUUAUGCCCCAGGUAGGAUGGCAUAUAGCAUUUGAUCGGUCUGUCUGUCCAUAACUUUAAAAUUGGCCAUACUUUUUGCAAUAUUGAAGAUAGCAACUUGAUAUUUGGCAUGCAUGUGUAUCUCAUGGAGCUGCACAUUUUGAGUGGUGAAAGGCCAAUGUCAUCCUUCAAGGUCAAAGAUCAAAAAAACAAAUCCAAGGGAAGUAACAGGCUUUAAAGGGAGAUAAUUUCUAUUUAUCAAUUGACAGGUACAGAUCUUUUUUACAAGGGAAGUAAUAUUUUUUAAAGGGAUAUACCGUAAUCAGAACAAAAAUAAAUAAAUCAAAGCGGCGCAGUAGGGGGCAUUGUGUUUCUGACAAACACAUCUCUUGUUUAAAUAGUUUAUGUUGAUUUUAUUGAUUGCAUACCCCAAAGCAUUGAAUGCAUACACCAUAAAUGUCUUAGAUAUCAUCCAUGACUCUAAUUAAUUCUUUGUGCCUGUAGAUUGUCGCAACAUUUUUUUUUGAAGUAAGUAUUUUUUUAAAGUAAUGAACCGAUCGACACAUAAAAUAACAAAAAUCAAGUAAGUGCAAAAUGUGCAUUUAUGGCAGGUCUGUGUACAUUUUGAAUUCCUGGCUAAGUAAAAAUAUAAACUGAAUCUGAUUGUCUACAUUGUGUCAAAACUGAUUGUGAAAGUAAUUAAAUCCUCCAACCCUCUUUAAAAAGUUUGAACUGAUUAGAAAUAUUUUUUUGUUAUGUGUGGUCUUAAUUUACUUAAAUUUAGUUCAAAACAAAAACAAAAGGUGUUUAUAACGAAUUUAUGUUAAAGUUGUCUUUAUUGGUGUGGUUAAAUAAAAAAUAAAUAAAGACUA